GCUAUGUGCACGAUUUCAUCAAUAAACAACAUGUAUAAUGAAUAUAAAACAUUAAAAUAUGAAAGGGUUUGAUGGUGUUUAUUAUGGAGUGAGUAGUUUAGUCUUUAAAAGUGUAAUCAUGGAUCGGUGUUGAGUAAGAAAGGGAAAUAAUUAAGCUGGCAGAUCUUCCUCCACAUGAACUGCUGCUCCACUGCACUGGUCAGACUGAUCAACAGCUCCAGAAGAACAUCUGAUCUACAUCUGUUAAUGAAUGUAAAUAUUCUCUACAUUUAACAUAAUCAUCAUCUUCUUCAUCAUCAUCAUCAACAUGAGCCUGAACAAAGACGUUCUGCUUUCUGCUCACACAUCCUGGGUUGGAACAUCCAAGACUGAACUGCAUGAAGUUCUAAUCUCUGCUCCAGAAGAUCAGAUGAUGGAAGCUGGUCUGGAUUCUUCUACACAGUGUGAGUCUGUACGUUUGGAGCAAACUGAAGAAGGAUCGCCGUGCAUCAUCACCCUGCUGUGCCGCCCCAAUUCGGGCGCCAUGAUCAGCACCGUUCAGGUGGUGAGUGAGGCGCGCACUAUCGAGGUGUACUCGCUCUCCGGAGACUAUUGUGGCACCAGCCGUGGUGUGGAGGAUCCAAAGUGGCAACUAAAUGGUGCUGGAGAAAAGAAGUCCAUCUACAAAAGCCACUUGGGGUUGGAAUGCCCGAUGGCAUCAUGUGAAGUGAAGCUUCUCUCUCUGGGUGGGCGCUCGACCGUGGAAAUCAUCCAAGUGUCUGUGGGUUUGAGGUUCCUUCAGGCCGAGCAUUGUCCCCCAGCCAUGAACCCUGGCAUCGACCUCCAGCGCGUCCGGACCAUGAUGGAGGAGAUGGGCGCCACCCUCUCGCCUGGGGCGCAGAACCUCAUGGAAAUGGUGCAGUUUCAGCAGAAGAACAAAACUGACCUUCUCGGUGGCUUCCUGCCCCUGCUGAUGGGUGGACGCGGUGGUCUUUUUGGUGGUGGUGCGCUGGCAUGCCUGGCCAAACAGGCCACGCCCACCGAAGAAGCCCCGUCUAACGGAGCACAAGUAACUUCUGCUCAUCCAUCAACGAUCCAUGACCAGAGUGGCGUACCAGCUGGGCAGACUUGGCCCCAGAGCCCGGUCAGUCCUGACCUUCUCCCCGUGCUGCAGAGCGUAUGUGGUCAGGUGACCCAGCUUCGCCUGGAUACGCAGAACUCACCUGAGAAGAAGAACGGAGAGCGGGAGGAGCCGCCGGGGUUCGCAGGUCUGGAGAAAGCUCUGGAGAAGGUGGUGGAGCGGCGCAUGGAGGAGGUGGAGAAGAGGCUGAUGGAGCACAUGGACGAGCGUCUGAAUGUCCUUCAGCAGAGAUUAGAGCUCACCCUCCAGCAGAUCACGCUCCAUACGAACUCAUCCAACCAGUAAUCCAACCAGUAAUCCAGUAACAUGCCCACAGCACGAGUCUGGGUGGCGUGAAUGGCUAACAUGUUUGCUAAUGCUUUCUCAGGAAGAAGCCGCGGUCACUCGCUGACUUGCCGUGGUCAUGUUCACUGUGCGGUUAGCGAUUCGGCUUUGAACUAAUUUUGGGGGUUGGUGACUAGAAUUGUUGUUAGCAGGCUAAGCUAACUGAGCGCCAGUAACUGUAAAAUGACAAACCGUUACAUGACUGGGAAAUUUUAACUGGCGUGACAGCAGCUUAGCUUGUGUAGCAUUGCUAGCGGACUGACAGAGUGAACUGUUGCUCAUUUAUACGGUUUGAUCAGGUUUAACAAAAGCUUGAACUGUGUCCAAAUAGUAACUGCUAAUGGUUUUAAAUGCUAAUUAAUCUAAACAGUUUUUAAGCUGAAGGUUUUCGUACAGCUUUAUUAAGGAACUGAAAUCUUGACGACUUCUUUUCGACACUAAUUCACCUCCAGUGAACGUUUACGUUUGGACAAACAGGCGUCUGAAUCACUCUCACAAGCUAACUAGCAUUAGCUGUUAACUGAUGAAACAAACUGUAACACAGAAGAGUUGAGAUGAUUGAGGUCUGAGAGAACCUGAGUGUGUUUGUGCACAACGAUCACCGGAUUAUUAUCGGCUCAUAGCGGUUGUGGUGUUUCUUAUCCAGCAUCUGAAACACUCUGAGCUGGGCUGGAUUGUUUACGUUUCUCCAGCUCACCACAUGAUUACAGAUGUUAUAGUGCGGGAUGAUGGUGUGAAUGUUCAGUAGAUCCACUUGGUUUCUACAGUGCUUCUGUGAAACGUGUGUGUGAAUGAAUUUGUGAAAGAAUAAAUGAGUGUGUGAAUGAGUGAGAGUGUAAAUGAAUGAAUGAAAGGGUGAGAGCCUGAGUAAGUGAGAAGGUGAGAGUCUGAGUAAGUGAAUGAGUGAGUGGGUGAGUGAGAGUCUGAAUGUGUGAAUAAGUGAGAGUGUAAAUGAAUGAAUGAAAGGGUGAGAGCCUGAGUGAGUGAGAAGGUGAGAGUCUGAGUAAGUGAAUGAGUGAGUGGGUGGGUGAAUGAGAGUCUGAGUGAGUGAGCAAGUAAGUGAAUGAGUGAGUGGGUGAGAGUCUGAAUGUGUGAAUAAGUGAGUGUGUAAGAGUGAAUGCGUCUGAAUGAGUGAGUGAAUAAAUUAAUUAAAAUGAAUGAGUGAGUAAUUGGAUGAAUAAGAGCCUGAGUGUGUGAUUGAGUAAGUGAAUGGGUGAGUGCCUGAGUGAAUGAAUAAAUUAGUGAAAAUGAAUGAGUGAGUAAUUGGAUGAAUAAGAGCCUGAGUGUGUGAUUGAGUAAGUGAAUGGGUGAGUGCCUGAGUGAAUGAGUGAGUGAAUAAAUUAGUGAAAAUGAAUGAGUGAGUAAUUGGAUGAAUAAGAGUCUUAAGUGUGAGUGAGUGAGUGCCUGAAUGAGUAAGUGUGUGAGAGAAUGAGUAAGCGAAUGGGUGAGUGCCUGAGUGAAUGAGUGCGUGAAUGAAUUAGUAAAAAUGAGUGAGUGAGUGAGUGAAUAAGAGUUUGAAUGAGUUAGUGAAUGAAUGAGUGAGUGAAUAAGAGUUUGAAUGAGUUAGUAAAUGAAUGAGUGAGUGAGUGAAUAAGAGUUUGAAUGAGUUAGUGAAUGAAUGAGUGAGUGAAUAAGAGUUUGAAUGAGUUUGAAUGAGUUAGUGAAUGAGUGAAAAAGAGUUUGAAUGAGUUAGUGAAUGAGUGAGUAGACUUGUCCUUUGAUGAUCUGGGAACUUCGUUCCUGCAUUAUGGCUCUGGAUCCAGCGUGACCCUGACAUAGAUGAAGUGGUUAGCUAAAGCGAGUAAAUGAAUGAAUGAAUGAAUGAGUGUUUGUUCAGAUCAGAUUUCUGAUUAUGGAGGGAAAUUAAAUCUCACUUCUGUUUUUAUUUCUCUGGGUUUGUUUGAUGUUUUUCCUCAUAAAUAUUUUAAUGGUUUACAUUAAACUAAGAACUAAACUUCAGAAUGAAAUUUCAAUAAUGAUGCUAUUAAUAAAAUAUUAAAAUAAAAUAUUAA